AUGGCCGAAGUUGAAGCCAUCCCGCCAGUCCCUUCCGAGACCAUGCUCGAGAAUGGAAGUGAUAUAGAACCCGAGAAUGUACCUCUACCUCACAGUUCAAUGGUCUCAGUGCGACUGUCGGAUAUACCCUUUGAUCCCGAUCUCGACAUCAUCGCUGAACCAGACAUCUCUCAAGAGGCCUCGCAGCCUCGCAGCGGUCCGCCCUCAUCUCGCACCAGUCGAUCCUCUUCCCAUACUUCCGAAAGCUCAAUUUCGCUAAAUUCUGUUAACUGGGAGGGUCUUGAAAAAUCGGAGGAACAGGAACAGAGGGAUGAAGCCACGGAUGAGUCGACGACGUUGUUGCUGGCGCGUUUGGAGAAGGAGAAUGCAGCAUUAGCCACCAAUCCUAAAGCCGGCAUCACAACGCCUUCGCGCCCGCGCAAAAACACCCGCCCUCCUUCGGUACAGCAGCUCAAACGAAUGGUCGAUGGUCCCCAGCGCCAAUCUUUGAGGUAUUCGCUACUUCCUGCUCCUCCCAUGACAGAAUUGGAAUUUUGGGCAGCAUUGGUUCAAGAUUAUACUCAAACAGCCCAACGACUACCCACUCUGACAUCCAACAAGAUUCGAGGAGGUGUACCACCACCGCUACGUGGUGUUGUCUGGCCCAGUAUUGCUCAAGCUCACGAUGGAUUUCUACAUUCAGAAUAUCAGAGACUCUCCAAUGAGCCUUCGCCUUACGAUGGAUUGAUUGGAAAAGAUGUGGGCAGGAGCUUUCCCAACGUGGACAUGUUUAGGGAGAAGGACGGCGAUGGCCAGAGAAUGCUCGGCAAAGUCUUGAAAGCUUUCUCACUUUACGACAGCAAAAUCGGGUAUUGCCAGGGCCUUGGAUUCGUCGUUGGGCCACUCCUGAUGCACAUGAGCGAACCGGAAGCUUUUUGCAUCCUUGUUAGGCUUAUGGAAAAUUAUGACCUGCGUUCAUGUUAUUUACCCGAUUUGUCUGGACUACAUCUUCGAAUAUACCAGUUCCAGCAACUUUUGAUUCGACACUUACCACAACUGGCGGCUCAUCUUGAGGAGUUAAAGGUCGAACCAUUAUAUGUGUCACAAUGGUUCCUGUCAUUUUUCGCCGUCACCUGUCCACUCCCUAUGCUUCUCAGAAUUUACGAUGUGAUAUUGUCCGAAGGAGCAACAGAAACGCUGAUGAGGGUUGCGUUGUCACUGAUGCAACGGAACCAGAAGAAGCUACUUGCCUCCACCGAAUUUGAGGACGCGAUGCAGUUUUUGCUGUCGAGAAGUCUCUGGGACACUUAUGCACAGCAUGCAGAUGAUCUGGUAUCGGACUUUGUGUCAUUGACUGGGUUGGUGAGCCGAGAGUCCCUUGACUCACUGGAGGCAAAUUUCAGGCACUCGCUGAACUUAACGGCGGCACCCUCAUUGAAAGGUGCCGUGUCCUCGUUCCUGGGGAGAUUCUGGGCAGGCUCGUCCCACGCGCCAUCUAGAUCCCAGAAUCUGAGUCUUACAAUCCCAGGAAAUAACAAGUCGGUUCGGAAAUCGUCCUCAGGACAAAGUCUGACAUCGACCCUUAACUCGCUUGAGACAACCAACACAGACAUCAGUACACUUGCCACAGAUAUCUCGGAAGAAGCACCGCCGAAAUCGACCGUAUCCGCUGCCACCAGCGUCCAUUCUGCAAUCGUACCUACUCCCGAUUCCAGCAAUCGCAAUCUCCAUAACCAGAUCGAAGAUUUGCUUACAGAACUUUCCAAAGUUCAACGGCAGCAUGUGGAACUUGCCCAAGAGCUUCAGAAAGAGCGAGAAGAACGUGAAGAGGAUCGGCAGAUUGCCCGGAAAUUGCUGGAGCGACUACAACGGCAGACGACCGAUAUCAGAGAAUUGGUGGAUGUGGAUAACUCGGAGGCCACAGACGAAGAUAUGGAACUUGACAUUCUCAUGGCUCAGGCUGAAUGUCAACUGUGUCGGGACGGCUCCAAGCGACUAUCCGUGUCGCAAUCCAAACACCAGCUCCGCGACGCAGUUUCGGAGUUGAAGGAGAAGCAUGAUGCCGAGGUAACGAGGUGUCGAGAUCUCAUGAGACAACUUGACGAGCGAGAAGCAGAGCAAAACACUCUCAAAGAGCAGCUGCGAGAUGCUCGAGCUCGGAUUCAGGAUGCGCAUCGUGACAAGCAGCGUUUGGAAAGGACGGUCAGCGAGUUGCGCUCCCGCAAUAACUCGGUGCCAGACUCACCUGCCGACCUCUACACCCCUGUCACUGAAUUCCCAGACCUGAAGUUGCCUCCCCCAAAAUCUGGACUGCGAGAGCUGAAAUUGGGCAAACCGGAAUUGCCCCGAUCAAGCAGUGUUGGGCCUUACUCUAAGCGUUCAAGCAGCCUCAACGCCCAAGCCGUCCUCGCCACUGAAAACCACGAGCCCAUCUCGAAUGAUACACUACUGCUGGAGUUGGUGAAUGCCAAGACAGCUGAGGCGGUGGCACGACAGGAGUUGGAGGAGACCAAAGGAAAGCUAGAUGCCUUGCGCAAGAUCUUGGGUGGAUCGACAUCCUCCCCUACGACGCGAGCCAGUGCGACCGAGUCACCAACGACGCCUGCUGUGGCGGCAAGUCAGCCACCAAAAGAAACUCCCAAAUCUACACAUGCACCGACGGCAAGCACCGGAGGAUUUUUCAGUGGAUGGGGAAAGCGAGGGAGCUAA